CCGAUGAGCUUUAUCGGAGCUUCUCACACAUCCUCAAGGCAAUGAAGCCUAGCCCAAUCAGCGCGGAAGGUUGAAACAACUUGACAGCUUUGAGGGCUUUCUUUUCUUUCUUUUCUCCUUCUUUGUCAUCUGGCCAUGUCGCCAUUUCCCCUGAAUAGAUGAAAGUCAGUCCUAUUGGAGCCGAGGUAGAUGUCGGCCAAUGUAAUGCUCUCGAGACUUCCGAAGGGAUACCAUGAGUCAGUCUACCCGGACCAUAUCUAAUGGGUUCAUUGAGGCAACUGAGGUCAAGCUGGUCAAGAUGAUAAGGUUCAGAAAGCUACUACUAAUUUGUUGACUUGACAGGGAAGAUCGGUGGGGUUUCAUUAAACGUGCCCCCGCCCAGUUCUCCCGAGAUGAAACGAGAGCUCCGAGCUCAACCUUCCUAGCUUUCCACCUUUUCUCCAUCUUCAGCCCAGGGGGUUGAUUGCAUUGCAACAAUGGCGUGGCCAGAGAUUGAUCGCAUGAUUAUGCCCAAUGGGCGAAUCAUCACCGUUUGCCUCCCUCACAAAAUGGUUACCUGCGGAAAAUGCUGUCUCGACUUUAGCCUCGAACUGGAGGAGGACGACGAAGAUUACUUGGACGAGGAUGAGGAGAACGAUGACGACGAACCCUUUGGCUUCGACUUCAACUCUCACGUACCUAGAGAUGUCAGCGCCAACCAGGUUGCGUACAGCCGUUACGGCCGUCUUGGGCAAAGUGCUGCGAGCGGACCUCGAGGACCUUCAGCCCCCUCCCGCUUCCGGCCUACUUGGGUCGAAAACCUGGACGAAGAUGAGGACGAAGACUACGAUGAUAUGCCGCCCCUCGUGGACGGUACGCCGCCUAGGGAGUCAAAGCAUCUCUUCAUCGGUGCUUCUCGGCCCUCGAAUGCCUUUACGAUCAAGUUUGCCGACCCCGAGGCUCCGAAGCAGCCCGCCCCCAUUUUCCAGCGGACGGCAUCCAACCCUCUCGGCGAGAGAAUGCAGUUCUCCGGCACCCUGUUCCCCACCAAAUUUGGCCAGCGCAAGAAGAAGACGCCCCUCUCGCCCGAGGAGCUCUUCCCACCGGGCCGCUGCAUGAAGCUCGUGCCCCCCGUCCUCCGCUUCAUCAACCGCUACGACACCUCCGAGGCCCUAAUCUACACCGACGGCGCCUGCUUCGGCAACGGCAACGGCGCCGCGCGCGGGGGCUCCGCCUUCAUCUUCAAGCCGGUGUACGCAAACGACCAGAGCGGCCGCGUGGCCUUCAAGCUCGAGGACCAGGGGCCGGACGGCAAGACGUACCGCCACACGAGCAACCGCGCCGAGCUGCGCGCGGCCGUCGCGGCGCUCCGGUACCGGGCCUGGUCCGGCGAAGGGUUCCGGAGUAUCGUCAUCGCCACGGACUCGACGUACGUCGUCAACGGCGCCACGGACUGGGCGCGCGCGUGGGUCAAGAAGGGAUGGCGGCUGAGUACCGGCGAGAACGUCAAGAAUCGGGACCUGUGGGAGGCCCUCCUGCUCAACGUCGAGAGGCUCCACGACCGCGACGUCAGUGUCCGCUUCUGGUGGAUUCCGCGCAAGUUCAACCACGAGGCCGACAGGGCUGCCAAGGGCGCUGCUUCCAUCCUCGCGCCGCAGAUUGAGUUUGGCGACUUGAUUGGGGACCGUGUUUGACUUUGAACAGCCCCCGUUUUUAUCAACUUCUCUCUUCUCGACGACUUUAACGGUUAGCAUUGCCUGUCGGAUCUUUUGCAACACCACGCGUAUCGUCGACCGCUGCGAGCAACCAGGCCGAAAAUGGGGCUUGGCAACCCUGUGUUUUCAAGCACUCUUCUCUUGAACCAUCACUAACAGAAAAACGUUACCUUCAGAGCUUGUCCCUCCCCCUACACUCCGAGCGUUGUGUGUAAGGGAGGAUUUUAGGGAUUUAUCGGUUCGCUAUUUGGCAAGGAGCCCCUACUGUGUAUACGGGAUCACAGGUUGGGCACCGCAUUUAGCAAUCAGGCCUAGACUGGGGCUUGGCAAUCCCGUGUUAUCAAGCACUUAUUUUUAAAAAGUCACGGUUCACUAAUGCAAAUUGAGACAAGUA